AUGUCCGCCGCGUUGUCCACCAACGCGUCCCGCGCCUGCGCGGUGGAGUACAGGGAGAGGAUCGUGGAGGUGCCCCAGGUCCAGGUGCGCGAGGUCAUCAGGCAGGUGCCGAAGGUCGAGAUCCAGGAGGUCAUCAGGGAGGUACCCGUUUACCAGCAGAAGACAGUCGAGAAGAUCGUGCAUGUGCCCCAGGUCCAGUACGUGGAGAAGGUGGUGGAGGUGCCAGAUGUGCAGGUGGUGGAGGUCGUCAAACAGGUUCCAGUAUAUCAGGACGAGGAGGUUGUCCGGGAGGUAAAGCGGGUGGAGAUCCAGGAGGUCGAGAAGGUGGUCGAGAUCCCGCAGAUCAUCCAUCAGGAGAGGAUCGUAGAGGUGCCGCACAUCGAGGUCCAGGAGGUGAUCAGGCACGUGCCCAAGAUCGAGGUCGUCGAGGUCCCCAGGGAGGUGAGGAAGGUCGUGACGUCACAGAGCGUCAGGGAGGUACACGUGCCGCAGGUGCAGGUGGUCGAGAAGAUCGUGGAGGUGCCGGAGAUGCACGUGGAGGAGGUGAUCAAGUACGUGCCCGGCGACAUCGUGGUUCAGGAGGUCAUCAGAGAGGUGCCUAAGGUUACCACCGUUGAGGUCCAGAGCCAGAGGACGGUCACCGUGAGCGUCGCCGCGCCAGUCUACAUGGGCAUGCCAGCCUCCAGCGCUCCCACAGAGCCUGUGGGUGCUCAGACCUACUCCGCCCCCCCCGCGCCGACGACGAUGAUGGACCCCUCUUAUGCGGUGGCGCCGCCGCAGUACGUGGUCCCUCAGCCUCCGGCGCCGACGGAGCCCGUGCAGAGUGCCGCGCCGCCUGUCGAGCCCAUCGAGACCGCCCCCCGCGCCGUUCCGCUGGUGGAGCCCGCCCAGACUGUCUCUGCGGCGCCGGCUGCAGCCACCUGCAGCGGGCCGGCCGCGCCGCCAGGCGUGCGCAUGGAGCCCGUUGCUACUUCCGCUUAG